AUGGCACCUUACGAUGAGUGGAACAAGAUUGAUGACGAGGAAGACGAAGAGCUGCAGGAUUACUCGCUGUUCGAUGGAAAGCGGGACGUGAUUCUGUUCUGUAUCGACUGUUCAGAGUCCAUGCAGGAACUGUAUGAUCAUCCGGACUAUGAAGAUGUCAAGACUUCCAAGUUGAAUCGAGCGCUGGACGCCGCGAUGCAAAUCGAGAAGCGCAAGAUCUUAUCCGGGCCAAAUGACUCUGUCGGAAUCAUGCUCUUCAAUACUACUCGGAAAGCCGAGGGCGGGGGCUACGCCUCCGAAAUCAAGAAGGGGACCCAUCUCUACCAGCCAAUUUCUUUAUUGAGCGCUCCCAAAGUGCAAGAAAUUAUCCGGCUUUUGGACGCGGCACAAGAAGACCCAGAAGAGCUUCGAAGGGAAUUUCCCCCAGUCAAAGACAAGAAUGUCCCGAUUGGAGAUGUCUUCACCAGCGCCAACUGGAUUCUACGAGACGGGUUGGAUUUGGUUCAGGCUGGCGUGACCGUCGAACCAUUCUUCAUCAGUACAGAAGAGAAACCCUUCGACGUUUCAAAGUUUUAUUCGUCUGUACUGCUUCCGACCAAUCUCGAAGAUGAUGAGGAGCUGCAGCAGGAUGGCUCUUUACUCCCAGAAUCGAUCUCAAUAGCGAGAAUCGAAGAUCUGUUGGAGCAAAUGAGGAUCCAUGAGUCCCCUAAACGAACGUUGUUCAGUGUCCCCUUCCACCUCGGUGAAGGGUUUACCAUUGGAGUGAAGGGAUAUGCACUGAUCACCGAACAGUCCAAAGGGGCAUACAAGUACUUCGCCGACCUGGGCGACCGAAUGGAAGUCGCAAAAGUUAAAACUGUCUACGUUGACGAAGACCGCGACGCAGAAGUUGAUAAGUCACGGUUUGUAUUUGGCGCCGGGGCAGGGACUGCAGCUGCCAAUAAUGAUGGAGAUGGAGAAGACGAUAGCUUUGGUGUCCGAAAGGUGAAGAUCGGGCAGAGGAAAUUCGAUCAUUCCGCACUUUGGGCCUCCAAUCUGACAUACUCCGGCAGCAAGCGGACCUUCAAGGCCCUGCUAAACUCCAUGAUUGAAAAGGACAAGAUUGGUUUGGCGCUCGUUCUCAUGCGCAAAAAUGCAUCCCCCGUGUUUUGUUACCUUCUUCCCCAGAAGGAGACACGAGACGGGGCAUAUCAGGUCGACCCACCGGGAAUCCAUAUCAUACCCCUUCCUUUUGCAGAUGACAUUCGUGCCGCGCCUUUCGACGAAGCCCUUCGAGCAUCUGCACCACUUGUCGAGAAAGCGAAGGCGUUCGUGGACAAACUCAAGAUCAAACAAGGAACAUACCCGCCCGAUGCUUACCCCAAUCCUGCAUUGGCGUAUCACAAUGCGCAGCUCGAGGCGAGUGCAUUCCGAGAGGAGUACGAUCCAGACUCGUUCGAGGACUUGACUCUUCCGCCGGUGGAGGGGAUCCACAAGAGAGCUGGAAAGCUGCUGAAAGGCUGGAAGGAGGCACUGGAAGAAGACCCGUCCUUCGACGUUGUUCCAGUCGCGACUACGGGGUCGAAGCGUAAAGCUUUGAAAGUUGAUCAGCUGAAGGAGUUUUUGCGAUCGAAAGGGGCCGCUGUCUCAGGGAAGAAAGAUGAACUUAUCCAACGUGUUUCUGAUAUCUUGGGCGGUUAG